AUGAUCCAAGCGGCGAGCUCAUGGCGCGAGAGAGCGUUGGGGUCGGUGUCAUCGAAGGAGACGCGGUCGGCGGGCGUGCGCAGGAGGGGCGUAGCCUCCGACGGCUCCGUCGGCAUGAUGGAGGAGAGGUGGUGGAAUCUGUGUGUGUGUGUAUGUGCGGAAGGGAGGAACGGAGGUACGGCGUGGAUGGGGCAGGGGCUGCGGAAGCAACGGUGUCAUUUGGGAAUGGUGCCGAUCUGGGAUGCGCCCCGAAGAGAAGAUGCUGAACGUGAUGAAUUCGUAAUAUAUCAAAAUCUCGAAAUCUGA